UUCAAAUACACAACAAACUUAACUUCUUCUUCUCUCUUUAACUCAUCAGAGUAAACCCUAACAAAAAACAAAAAACCAGAAGAAAACCAAAAAUGGAAUUCAUGAAUGGGGGAUACUCAUGCAGAGCAGCUCAAUACACACAAGAGAAAAGACAUGCAGCAGCAGAUGAAAAAUCAAGUACUACUGAUAAUCAACAAUUUAUUAUUGAAGAUCUUUUAGAUUUCUCUAAUGAAGAUGCUGCUGCAAUUUUAGAUGAUAAUAAUAUUGAUGGAACCUUUGAUUGUAUUCAGAAUUCAUCAGCCGAUUCUUCGUCUGUUACUACUGUUGUUGAUAGUUCUUGCAAUUCUUAUGGGAAUGAUUUGAAUUUUUCUGCCGACUUUCCUGAUGUUCCUUUCUCUAAUGACCUCUGCGUUCCGUAUGAUGACUUAGCAGAGUUAGAAUGGCUAUCAACAUUCGGGGAAGAAUCAUUCUCAAGUGAAGAUUUACAAAAGCUGCAGAUAAUUUCAGGAAUUCAAACCCGUCCCGAUGAAGCAUCUGAAAUCCGAGCUGAAGAAUACGAAACAAAACCCAACAUCAGCAACAUCAACAACCCAAUUUUCAACCCAGAAUUACCAGUGCCCGGAAAAGCUCGUUCCAAACGUUCCCGUGCGGCAACAAACAACUGGUCAUCACGACUACUGGUUUUAUCUCCAACAACAUCAUCAUCGGAAUCUGACGUGUUCUCCAACACCACCACCGCCAGUAAGAAGACUAUGAAGGUGGUUGUAUCAAGAAAGAGGGAGUUUUCCGAUGGGUCAUCAACCGGAAAUUUUGUUGGAGAUGGUCGGAAAUGUCUACAUUGCGCAACUGAUAAAACACCACAGUGGAGGACUGGUCCUUUGGGACCCAAAACCUUGUGUAAUGCUUGUGGAGUCCGAUACAAGUCCGGCAGGUUAGUACCGGAAUACAGACCGGCUUCUAGUCCUACAUUUGUUCAGGCAAAACAUUCAAAUUCUCAUAGGAAGGUUUUGGAGCUCCGAAGAAAGAAGGAAAUGGACAGAUCUCUACAGCAACAGUUUCUUUAUCCUAAUCCUGGGUUUAAUCAUGUAUCUAACGGUGAUGAUUAUUUGAUUCAUCAUCAUAGUGGGCCAGACUAUAGACAAAAGCUUAUUUGAUGAUCUCAAGCAGCAGCAGCAAGUCGAGGUUUUAGGAAUAGAGAAAUUCUGAGGUUUUUUAGUGAAAAGAAAAAUGGAAGAAUUUCAUUAUUGAAUUUCUUUUUUUUUUUUUUCAUUAGUAGUGUUGAGAGUUUUGAAGUUCUGUUUUAACUCUUUUUUUGCUUCAAGUUUUUAGUAAUUUUCUUUGGUGAAAAAUGCUAAAAGAAAAUGUUAAAAAAUAGGAGAGGGGAUGGAAAGAUGCAACGGUGAUUAAUUAGGUUGUCUAAUGUUCUUGUAAUUCUGCUGUAAUCAGCAACAAAUUUUUCGUAAUCUAGGAGGAGAUUAAUUUUCUUUUCA